AUAUAUAUCCACUACUCUAGUCCAAUAGUUUGAUUUCAGUUUUAAGAUAUAAAUUGCUUGUCAAGACUAAUAAUAAUCUUCUCUAGUUCAGCAGCCUUGUUGUUUGUUGUUGUUGUGUCCUUUUACAAGUUUAUCUAUCUUUUCAUGUUUCGGAAUUUAAUUUCUUUUUACUAGCAGCAGCAGGAAUUGAGUUUUAUUUUCCUUUCUUUUUUUUCUAAUUUGAUUUGCUUCGAUUCAGCUCCGUUAGCUUCUUCCAUUUCUCCGACCAAACGAGUGAAUAGAUUCGUUCUAGCAUAGCACGAUUUUUUUCUUGUUCAUAUAUCACCUUAGUACUGAAUACUAAAUUGUGAUUUGUGGUUAAGAUCGGUUUGUCUCUUCUUCUUCAUGGAGUGUUCAUGUUGAAUUUUGGUGGAAUCUGGCUGGAAGAAGGCAAUGAAAUUGUUAAGAUUUGCUGGUCUAGUUUUCGUUUUUAUCACAAUCUUCCAAUUUGUCAACAUUCGUUUUUACAAUGGUGCUAUCUUCUCUCUACCUUCUUCUCAAGAUAAGUUUCUCGUAUCAUCAUCAAUUAAUGGAAGCACAGAAGAACACCCCAUCAGGCCAUCCAGUGCUGCUGACUUAUUGUAUUCUACUAGUUCUUCAAGAUCCGCUCAACGGGAAAUAACAAGUUCAGAUGUACUUGUUGGGGAAAGAGCUGGUCCAGAGGAAGACCAUGUACUUCUUGGCUCUGAUAAUAAUGACACUAAUCAAAUCCAUGAGAGUUUGGCAGAGGAUGAUGCUAAAGAUAAGGAAACUCUUGAUGAUUUGUUACCAGGAACUAGGAGCAGCAGCUCAGACGAGAAGAUAGUUGAAGAUACUGACGUUGCUUAUGAGAAUACUAGGAAAGUUGAGAUUUUGGAGAGCAAGUCCGAUCCUUUAGUUGAUAAUCUUUCCUCAGAUGUUAAAAGUUUUAUGAAAGUAUCAAAUUCUGGGGUGGUUUCUAUCACUGAGAUGAUGAAUUUAUUGCAUCAAAGCCACACUUCUCAUGCCUCCCUGAGAUUAAAACCGUCUUCCCCUGUUGAUCAAGAACUGUUGUAUGCAAGAACUCAAAUUGAGAACCCACCUUUGAUAGAGAACGACCCUUUACUGCAUGCUCCUCUGUAUUGGAAUCUUUCCAUGUUCAAAAGGAGCUAUGAGCUAAUGGAGAAAAAGCUAAAAGUAUAUGUCUACAGGGAAGGCAAAAGACCCGUACUACAUAAGCCGGUGCUGAAAGGCAUAUAUGCUUCUGAAGGAUGGUUUAUGAAACAGCUCAAGUCCAGCAAAACAUAUGUCACAAAGAACCCCCGGAAAGCUCACCUAUUUUAUCUUCCUUUCAGCUCCAAAAUGUUGGAAGAAACUCUCUAUGUCCCUGGUUCUCACAGUGAUAAGAAUCUCAUUGAGUUUUUGAAGAACUACUUGGAUAUGAUUUCCUCCAAAUAUAAUUUCUGGAACAAAACUGGAGGAUCUGAUCAUUUUCUUGUUGCUUGUCAUGACUGGGCUCCUUCUGAGACGAGGCAGUACAUGGCCAAGUGCAUCAGAGCACUAUGCAAUUCUGAUGUUUCAGAAGGUUUUGUGCUUGGUAAAGAUGUAGCUCUUCCUGAGACAACUAUUCUUGUUCCUAGGAGACCACUUGGAGCUCUUGGAGGCAAACCUGUUUCACAGAGGCAAAUACUUGCCUUCUUUGCAGGCGGAAUGCACGGUUACCUUAGACCUCUCCUAUUACAAAGCUGGGGAGGUAACAGAGAUCCAGACAUGAAAAUAUUUAGUGAGAUACCUAAAUCUAAAGGUAAAAAGAGUUACAUGGAGUACAUGAAGAGCACAAAGUAUUGCAUCUGUCCAAAAGGGCAUGAAGUCAAUAGCCCUCGGGUCGUGGAAGCAUUGUUCUAUGAGUGUGUCCCGGUUAUUAUAUCCGAUAACUUCGUGCCUCCCUUCUUCGAAGUUCUAAAUUGGGAGUCUUUUGCGGUAUUUGUGUUGGAGAAAGAUAUUCCUGAUUUGAAGAACAUAUUACUGUCCAUAACUGAGGAAAGGUAUAGAGAGAUGCAUAAAAGGGUCAAGAUGGUGCAGAAGCAUUUCCUUUGGCAUUCUAAACCUGAGAGAUUUGACAUAUUUCAUAUGAUACUUAAUUCCAUUUGGUACAACAGAGUUUUUCAAAGCUGAAACCACAGAGUAGGUUUGGGACUGCAGAUUCAAAGUAAUUAACAGAGAUUCAUUCGUUAAUAUAGCAAAAGGGGGGUUGC